ACGAGCCCAUCGAGUCUCCACGACGCGCACACGCAGACACAGUCACGGUCUCACGGACGCUCGCGCGCGCGUCACUCAUGGCGGGCACGGCGGAGAGGAAGCUGAAGGUGUGGGAGCUGGUGCUCCGGUGCCUCGUCCUCGGCCUCGGCGCGGCGGCGGCGGCGCUGGUGGCCACGGACAGCCAGACGCAGACCUUCUUCUCCAUGGAGCGGCGGGCCAGGUUCACGGACAUGAAGGCGCUGGUGCUCCUGGUGGCCGCCAACGGCGCAGCCGCCGGGUACAGCCUGCUGCAGGCGGGGCGGUGCGCGGUGGCGAUGGCGCGGGGCGGCGGCGGCGCGCUGGCGCUGAGCAGCAGGGCGCUGGCCUGGGCCGUCUUCUCCGGCGACCAGCUGCUAGCGUACGCGAUGCUGGCCGCGACAGCCGCUGCGCUGCAGUCGUCGCUGCUCGGGAAGCUCGGCCAGCCGGAGCUGCAGUGGAUGGGCAUCUGCGGCCUCUACGGCGCCUUCUGCAGGCAGGUCAGCGUCGCCCUCGCCUGCGCCGUCGUCGCGGUCCUCGCCACCGUGCUCCUCGCCUCCUUCUCCGCGUUCAACCUCUUCCGGCUCUACGGCGGCGGCUGCAAGGGGAGCAGCCAUGCUAGGAACGGCGCCACGUGGUAAGUCUAGGAAGCCGAUCCUAGCCAGUGAAGUAAGUAAGAGCGAGCUGCUGCGCCGCGCCGCCUCGAGCUUCUUGGUGUAAAUUGUAAUCCAUCGAUCGAUCUCAGCUGCUGCUUUGUUGGUGCAGCCUGAGGCUGCACCCUCUCUCUUCCUCUCUCGCACAAACGAAUGGAGGGAGACGAUGGAGUGGAGACACAGAGUUUUCCGGACCGGCGCACGAACGCCGCCGUGGGCGCACAAACACCCUACUCUUAUUCCUCUUCAGCUCACGUUACAAACAAGCAGUACAUGAAGUUUUAUAGCUACUCAGAUGCUGGGAGCACGAACUCCACGCUGCAGCCUGAUCCGCAUGCGCCGGCCGCGCGCACGACGUCCACGAACGCGUACGACGCGGCUCCAACAGCUA